AUGAAUAUGCUUGAUGAAGGAUUAAAAUAUUGCGAUAUGGUAAUAUCUAUGCAGUCAGGUGAAUUAAAAGACAGUACAGAUGGAGAUCUUAUGAGAUAUUUCAUUGCGCAAGCUUUAUGUUUUGAAAGAAAAUUUACUUCGAAGUUAGCGCUAGAAUCAAAUUUCAAGGCUCUUGAAAUAGCUUUGCGUAUCUAUUCAAAAAACAGUCAACAUCUUGGUGCUCUGCACAAUAAUAUAGCGUCGUGUUACCUGAGUUUGCAAGCUGUAGCAUGGGAUAAUGAAAAUCAUUUAACAUUUAAUGUUCCAUUUGAUAAUAUUAAGCCAACAAUACAUCUUGGUAAAAUACAAAAUUUAUUUUCAUUCAAUCAAUCUUUAUUUUCUACAUUUCAUUUAGAUAUUUUUCUACCUCGUAUAGUCGAUUUAGCAUUACAUAGUUCUGAUCGUCAAACAAAAAUAACAGCUUGUGAAUUACUUCAAUCAAUAAUGCUUUAUAUGAUUGGAAAAAGUGCAAAUAAUCGAAGCAAUGCAGCGGCUUCUUAUGAAAAACUUUAUGCUCGUUUAUUUCCAGUUGUACUUGAACUUUCCUGUGAUUCUGAUACUGUAGAUGGUAUGACAUCUGGACGUAACGCAUCGAUACGUGAUUUUAGGGAUGUUUGUUUAAAAAAAUUUCUUAAAUGGGCUGUUAAACAUGCUGGUGGUUUUGAUAAAUCUGCUUAUGUAAAAAAUGCAACAUCAAUUCUUAAACGUAUUAUUAGUUUUUCAAUGCAUCCAAAUAGUUUUAAAAGACUUCGUUCAACAUUAGCAUGGAAUUCAAUUUAUACACUUUAUCGUGAAUCGGAAACGUUAAUAGAUGUUUAUACACUUCAAUUACUUUAUGUAUUUGUUGAAAGUUUAGCUAUUGCUCAAGGAGAUGAUCCAUCUCUAGGUACUCAACGACAAGCAAUAGAAACUUUAUCACAUGUACAAAGAAUCAUAAAAGAAAAAUCCCAAGUAUUUAUUAAAGAAACAUCUAAACAACAUCGUCCAUCAUCAUGGACUGAUGCAACAUUUGAUGUUGCUGUUCGAUGGUUACUUAGACAAUGUGGAAGAAUUGAAACUGAAUCAAGGCGAAAAUAUAUUGAACUUGCUUGUACAUUUAUUCCAUUAUUGUCUGGUAUUCGAUCGAUUAGAGAAUAUUUUGAAUUAAAAGUUAAAUCAGAUGGAAAUGUUUAUUUCAUUGAACUAUUUGAAGGAACAUUAAGUAAAGAAAAGAAAAGAAAAUUUAAAGCUAAUUUGGCUAAUCAAACAUGUUUUACUAAUAUGAGUGAACAAUUUUCAGUUCCAAUGGUUUAUCAAUGGCUUGAUACUGUUAUUGCUUUAUUAGAUUGUUAUACUUGGACAAAAAAUCAACAAAGCCGUGUAAUUGUUGUAUUAUCAUAUUUUAUAACAAAAAUAUCAAUGAAUACACUAUAUGAUAUAAUUACGUACUUUCCACCAUCGAAUCAAACAAAUGUAUUUACACCGACUGAUAUUAGUCAAUUUGAAACAGCAAAAUGUACAGUUAUUGUUCGUUUAUUGAAUUUUAUUACAGCACUUUGGUCUAAAUAUCCACAAGAUGCAAUGCGAGCUAUUGAUAGUUCAUUUUAUAAUAAUGAUUUAACAAAAUUAAUUUUAACUUGUGAUGAAUAUAUUUUUGAAAAUUUAAUUGAUCCAGAUUAUAAAUAUACAUUUCCUCUUGAACUUGAACGUUAUUAUGCAAAAGAUAAACAUAAUCCAUUACAUCAACAACGUCCAUCUAGUACACCACGUUAUUUAUCUUCACAAUAUUUAUUUGGUAGUAGUUUAACAGAUGAAUUAGCUGUUUUUGAUUUUAUAUCAGCUGCUGUUAAUCAACAACACAAUGAUUUAAAUAAAAGUUUAUCAAAUUCUUUAUCAGAUAAUUCAUCAACAAAUAUAAUUAAUCAAAAAAAAAUGAUGAUGAUAGACCAGCAUUAA